AUGAGCGGUGAACUAAAAAACAUUAAUCUGUGGGUAGAAGAGGAAGCGGAAUAUCUGUUGGACGAUGAGGAUAUUAAAGCUGAAGAGGUGGACUACAUUGAAGAGUAUGUCGAUUUCAGCGACGAGCAAGGCCUUGUUCAGUACGAAUCGAUUGUGAUAGAAGAUGUGCCACAUGAGCUUAACUUCGAGAGUCCCAUUUGGUCCAACGAACGCCCGUCGAACGUGGAUAAUAGCUCGUCCGGGGGUGGUCGCAAGAUUGCCCAAUCUCGUUCCGGCCCAUUGGGGUUAGCCAAGUUGGCGAAAACACCUUCCGAAUGUUUGUUCCUGUUUCUCGAUCCUGACGUGAUCGCCACCAUAACAGAGUACACGAAUGAGAAGAUUAAGGAAGAGCAAAGCAACUAUACUCGAGAUCGUGACGCUAACCCAACCGAUGAAGCAGAAAUUUUGGCAGUUCUCGGGAUUCUGUUCAUUGCUGGCACCAUUGGGUCCGGUAGACAAAAUAUAAACUAUUUGUUCGACAGCAAAAAGGGAACGGGCAUGGAGGCUGUUUACCUCACUAUGACCGUACAUCGGUUUCAUUUUGUGCUCAGAAGUUUACGCUUCGACGAUCCAGUAACUGCUGCUGACGACCUGGAAGCGGACAAACUAGCGCCGAUAAGAGCCAUUUACGAGCGAAUUGUGAACAAUUUUCACAAGUAUUACCGACCGACCCGCCACCUAGCAUUGGAUGAGCAAAUAACGUUCUUCAAAGGAGUCUGCGACUUUCGUGUUAACUUCCCGAUUCCACAGAAUCGGUCAGGUUUUAAGUUCCACCUAUUGGUUGAUUGUACCAUUCCGUACACAUGCAAUAUGGAGAUCUUUUUACCGAACAAUCAUGAGCCCUACAACUUGAGCAAUGCGCCGGAAGACGUUGCCCUACGAAUGACGGAAUCAGUACAGGGCAAAAACAAGAUCGUUACGUUAGGUGCCAAUUUUGCUACAUUGGAAGUGAUCAAAAAACUGCACGAAAAACGCACGAUGACCAUAGGCGAAGUGAAUAAGAGUUGUCCGAGUAUCCCCAAAGCAUUUAAAGUUGCCAAAAGGCACGAGGACAGUAGCACACUGGUCGCAUACCACGAAUCGGUAAAGCUCAUUUCGCACGUUUCCAAGCGCCGUGGCUUGUGCAUUCUUAUGUCAUCGCACGAUACAGGAGAAGACGAUGAGCAGACCGACAAAGUGGAAGAAGAGACUGAUAGUUCAGUUGCACCUGAACCAAAACUGGUAACGCAGUACAACCAGUACAAAAAUGUGGUAAAAACCAUACAACAAAUGUGCUCGAUGUACGACACUAGCCGCAGUACCCGUCGCUGGCCGCUGAUGAUUUUCUUCAAUCUCAUGAACUUGAGCUCCAUCAAUGCAUGGUGUAUUUACCGGUUAAAUCUCCCAGAAAGCAACGUAAACCGUAGAGAUUUUCUGGUCGACAUGGCAUUGGAGAUGAUACGCCCCCAUGCAAGGCGUCGAUUGGAUAGUAAAGCGCUACCCCGAACGCUAAAAACGCGGCUCGGCAUGUUCCUCGGAGUGGCCCCUGAGGAAUACGAAGAUCGUGAGGUCUACCGCGAGCUCGUGUGCGACACGAUUAUUGGUUUCUCCUCACAACACAUGUUUGCACUGUGA